AUGCAUGUUGACAUGUUGGGUAGCAAUGCGCAGGAAACCAAUGUGACACCAGUGCUGUUUGCACUCCUCCCAGAUAAAAAGAAAGCGACCUACGUUCGAAUGUUCAGAAUGAUACUUGAUCAAGUGCCAAGGUGGAAUCCAGAACAAGUUAUAAUUGAUUUUGAAAUCAGCGUAGUUGACGCCCUGAAAGAAGUAUUUCCAUGUGUUAACAUCCAGGGUUGCUACUUCCACUUCACCCAAUGCUUGUGGCGGAAAGUUCAAGAUGUAGGCCUUGCAUCUCUAUACUCAAGAGAUGAGGAAAUAAGAAGAACGAUAAGAAUGAGUGCUGCACUGGCUUUCUUGAAACCCGAAGAUGUGGAUGCAGGUUGGAUUUUCGUCCAGGGACAGACACCAUCGAGUGAGAAAGUGACAGAGUCUUUCGACUAUUUUGUCGAUCAAUGGCUGGAAAAUCCUGCUUUUCCAAGAGAGAAAUUGGGGCUAUCAUCAACCUACAAGGAUAACGAGUCAGAGGCAGAAAAAUGGCUCCACUACCGCUUCGGCAUGGCCUAUCUACGCCCGGAAGAUGUGGAGGACGUCUUUUGUGACCUCAUCGCAAUCCAACCACAUGAUCCAAAACUAACCAGCUUUGUGGAUUACUUAACGGAAAAUUAUGUUGACCAUGGUUCCUUCUUCCCACUGAAAAUUUGGGCUAAAGAUUCAGUGGAGCUGUGGCGUACUACAAACGCCUGGGAAAGUUACCAUUCCAGGUUCCACCAACUCUUUAAUUGUACUUUCCCCUUUGAAGACUCAAACGUCUGCCUGAGUUUUUGGACUCUUUUCAUGUACGCCUGUGUAGAUAAGCGUGGGGGUGAGGAGGAGGUUCUAGUGGUGGAAGGGGUUCUAUUUUGCGGUCAGGUUUCGAUUCCUAGAAUACUUGACUAUACUGAAUGA